CCGUCCCCCUCGGUGGCGCCUGUCGUCCAGCCCCGGGCGCCGGGCCGGGACCUAGGGAAUGCCCCGGCCCUAGCUCGUUGAAACGCCCGCUGUGAGCGGACCGGCUCAGCUGGUGUGUGCAGGGCCUGCAGCUCGCCGCGUUCCGAAAUGGCCGAGACGUCGGACAAGGCCGUCACGUACUACACCUUGGAAGAGAUCAAGAAGCACAACCACAGCAAGAGCACCUGGCUGAUCCUGCAUAACAAAGUGUACGAUGUGACCAAGUUUUUGGAGGAGCACCCUGGUGGGGAAGAAGUCUUGCGGGAACAAGCCGGGGGCGAUGCUACCGAGAACUUCGAGGACAUUGGGCACUCCACGGAUGCCCGAGAGCUGUCCCAGACGUACCUCAUCGGGGAGCUGCAUCCAGAUGACUGGUCAAAGAUUCAGAAGCCUGUGGAAACUCUCAUCACUACAGUUGACUCUAAUUCCAGCUGGUGGACCAACUGGGUGAUCCCAGCCAUCUCAGCGCUGGCCGUGGGCCUGAUGUACCACGUAUACAUGUCAGAAGACUAGCCCCUCCCCAGAAGCCAAUGAAAGGACAGACUGCUUUGGAUCGGAAAGAAUGAGGCCCAAGGUCGCGCCUUCAACUGACAGAAGCCUUCACCGGGAAAAUAAUUGUAACACACCCAUUUCCCUUUCCUCCUCCGUUAGAAACAAACCAAACCCAAAGGAACCAUUCUCUCCUCUCCCCUCUUGAACUUUCGCGAGGUGCCUUUUUCUUUAUUAACUUUAUUUCGCUGUUCGAUGACUACAUAAUUCACUUACUGUUGAUCUUCUAAAAAUAUGUCUGGCUUUUCAAAUAUACCACCGCGUGUGCCUGUCGAAUGGAUGUGUGACUGUCUUUAGUGUUUAAAUCUCCGACUGUUUAGCAGAGUCAUGCAGUGUGCCAAUCAUUCAGGCCCACGUGGUCUAUAUGGCGUGAGGAAGAGAAUAUCUAGUUGAAUGACUAGGUAUUGUAUGAUUCCAGUUUAGUUUCUUUUCCAAGGAAAUUAAGAAAAGGCCUGGAAAUGAUAGUGUAAGGAUUUCUAAACAAUUAUUCUUCCUGAAACAGGUGGUCAAAAGAGAAAGGGGCCUAUAGAAUGUAGAAAAGAGACUGCUUCUCUUCUUUUAGUAAAAAGCACCAACAACAAACAAGCAGACAAACUUGUGAACCAUGAGGACAUGUCAACAGUCUCUUCUCUCUGCUCAAAAAUACCAUUGCAAGGAAGUUUUCAGUUAUAUAGGUUCUCAAGUUUUAAAAAUUGCCCAUUUGGUGGCGAAAACUGUUUAUGUGUUCUUCUAAGGAAAUGCCAAUUUCCUAACCCAUGGAAACACAUAUUUGAAAGAGAUUGUGGGACAUUUGGAAUCUGAUUUUUGAAGACCUUGACCUGUUAGCGAUGAGCGGGGGCGGGGGAAGGGAUUCUAGCACCACUGGGAACGCUGGGUCACACACCUUCGGUUCUCUCUCUGCCCCAGGCCUUUUGCCUUUUCCCUGUGGAGGUUUGGGGGAUGCGUUUGUAGUUUUCCGAUCUCUGUAGUUAGCUAAGCUUGUGCAAGUUUCCAUGGGAUCGCUAGCUGCUGCUGAACGCUGGAGCUCUUCAGAAAUCAUUGACACCUUGGAAAGGAAGCGUUUUAUUAUAGAGUAUAAAUUUUUGUAACCACUGACAUGGUAUGCCCUUUUGCCUCUUUUGGCACUGAAAGUUAGAGUGAACCUUCGGGGUGAGGAAAGGUGCCGCACCACGUGGGGAAGCACCCUGCAGAGGAACCCUGGAUUCCGGUUUCAAUAAACGCAUGCCUGGAACAAAA